GGGUAAGGCGUACCAAGACCAGGCUUGGAGAAGCAACUCCAAAUCUUCUUCUCAGGUCUCUUUUCUUUACAUUCCUAGUCUCUCCCUUUCAAUCUAGAUUGGACCGAUAACUUCGGGUUCAAAUCCAAGACGCGAAGUAGAAAAUGGUCGGAGCCUCACACAGUCCCGGCGGCGUCGCCGCCAGAUCUGACAGAACUGCGACCAUCAAGUUUCUCUGUAGUUAUGGAGGCAGGAUCCUUCCUCGUUAUCCUGAUGGCAAACUCCGUUAUCUUGGUGGUGUAACUCGUGUCCUCGCCGUCGAUCGUUCCAUUCCUUUUUCUGAACUGUUGUUGAAGCUGGAAAAGUUGUGUGGAACAUGUGUGAGUCUUCGUUGUCAAUUGCCUUCAGAGGAUUUGGAUGCUUUGGUAUCGAUAACCUCCGAUGAGGACCUAGCGAAUCUCAUCGAGGAAUACGAUAGAGCAGCCUCGCCGUCUUCUUUGAAGAUCAGAGCGUUCCUUUCACCGCCUAAAUCCGUGAAAGAAUUUCCUCUCCCUUGUUCGUCGGCCUCUUCAUCACCGUCGUCCUCAAAACCUUCGUCUCCGACAACUGCUAUAUCCUCUCCAAGGGCCUCAACGCAGGUUCCUGACUAUUGUAUCCAUCAGAUCCCAACGCCAGUGAGGUUUUCGUACCGCCUGAAGAAGUCACCUGCGAAGGUUCCUCUCUUCUCAUAUCAUCCUCAAGGGAAUCCUAGCCACAUCUACCUCAUCCACAAUGGAAAUCACUGGCAAUAGCAUCAACUAGGAUGAGAGAAAUCAAAGUAAACAUACAUAUAAGAUAUAACGAAAUAGAAAAAGGGAAUUCCAA